UCGUGCUACCCGCGCGCGCUGCUCGGCCUGCCGCCGCGCUACUACACGUCGCGCGCCUACCGCAGCCGCGGCGUGAGCGAGCCGCGCGCCGUCCUCGCAGAGUUUGGCUGCGCACUCCCACCCACCAACACCACCGUCCGAGUGCACGACUCGACCGCCGACACUCGCUUCCUCGUGCUGCCGCAGCGCCCCGCUGGAACUGCCGGCUGGGAUGAGGCGGCGCUCCGAUGGCUCGCCACGCGCGACUGUCUCGUCGGCGUCGCUCUG